CACCGCGCUGCGUCAGCCUACGUCGGCGGUGUCAGUCAACGGGCAAUGCGUCGACGCCAUACACGUCCUUGCAUAAGUUAUGUUCUUGCGACAUUAACCAUACCCUUCUCAUUGGCAGCAAGGUCGCAUCGUCAGCGCGGAGCAGGCGCACAAGCCCCAGAGUAGCGAAACAACGUUUUGCACACAACCAAGAAACCCAUGAAUGAUACAACAAGCAUUACAGGCCACAAGAACUAGGGGUGCGAUGACCGCGUUGUUGCUGGGAUGCUCGCAGCUGUUGCGGGCGGCGCGGCCCUUCACCAUUAUCUUACUUUUCUCAGCAAAGGAUGUGGUGUCUCACGGAUUACGGGCAGCGGUGAUCGGCAAUGGAUUAUCUGCCUAAUCCACUUCCCACUGGCAUCUACCAUGCACCUCCACCUUAUGUCGUGCAUUUCGGGGUAUGCCAUGUUCUUACACUUACACACCUCAGCCGUGGCCCUGCCUAGCUUGCACACGAGCACCGGGUGCGCGUUGCGCUUGAACACGUCCUCAAAACCUCCAGCACAAACGCAGCCAUGAGCGCCUGUGGGGCAUAUCAUGAGCUGCUCGCGACGCGCCUCACAGCAAGCUCGCCGCUGCUGCACGGGUAUCGCAAGAAGGGCGCCUGAUGCGCUGCGUAUCCGAGAUCACCAGCCGCAUGUGCCGCGCUGCUCCCUGCGCCGGACGCAUAGUGGUCGUAAGACCCAGGCCUACCUCCCGUGUCUAUCUCCUACCACAGCAGAAUGAAUCUAGCAUAGUAUACACCAGCAUGUACUGUACAAUUGUGCACCUAAUAUACCUCUUCC